GAGCCCUGGACUGCCCGCAGAGCCUCCUUAGAGAGUAGAAAAUGGUAGAGACCUGGCUCCCACCAGAGCUUGGGGUUUCCGACUGUCCCGCACAUCGCUCCAGAGGGAAAGUGAAUAGUAAGUCUUCUGGUGCAAGGACCUAGGCGACCAGACGGACUGCUGGCGUUGACACCGACUGAGCCAGCCCCAUCUGGGAGAAGAGGAAAUAAGAACUCUGCCGCCGCAGAUGGGCCGCGCAGUCGACCCCAGGUCCCACUACCAGAACCCUCCCACGCACUAUAAUGGAUGCACCAGCGCCCUAGGUUUCCCAGCCGGGUCCGAGAUCUGCGCGGCAGCUUCCGCCACACUCAUCAUGGCGGCGACAGUCGGUGCGCAACUUCCUUCCGCGACCGGAAGUGGAAAGGUACUGCAAGCAUGGCGACGUCGAAGGUGAAGCAGGACAUGCCCCCCCUGGGGGGCUACAGCCCUAUCGACUACAAGCGGAACCUUCCGCGUCGGGGACUGUCGGGCUACAGCAUGUUCGCCGUGGGCGUUGGGGCCUUGCUCUUCGGGUACUGGAACAUGACGAGGUGGAACCGCGAACGCAGGCGCCUGCAGAUCGAGGACUUGGAGGCCCGCAUCGCGCUGAUGCCUCUGUUGCAGGCAGAGAAGGACCGGAGGGUUCUCCAGAUGCUUCGGGAGAACUUGGAGGAGGAGGCCAUCAUCAUGAAGGAUGUGCCGGACUGGAAGGUGGGCGAGUCCGUGUUCCAUACAACGCGCUGGGUGACCCCCAUAAUGGGCGAGCUCUACGGGUUACGCCCAAGGGAGGAGAUACUCAACGCCACCUAUGGCUUCAUAUGGUACACAUAGGGGCCUGCUCCCGUCAGACCACUGGACCUCCACCUCCCCACUGGGAGAGAAUAAAUGCUCUGGAGACUGCUC